AUGGCUUCUGCAACCUCAAAUUUGUUCAAGACCUUGUCAAUAGCAGACUCAUGUCUAGUCUCUUUACCCUACCUCUCCUCCACCAAAACCGCCAACUCGUUUCUCUCAGUCCCAUCCAAACCCAUUAAACUCCACCUCACGCACACUCAUGCUUCACUCUUUUCACCACCUCUGUCCCUCAAGAACAAAACCCAGUUCUCAUCCAUAGUCUCUUUUGUGGCCCAGACCUCAGACUGGGCUCAGCAAGAAGAAGACAGCACACUUACCAUUGACCAAGACGAAGGAGCAGAGAGUGCUGAAGAAGGGGUCUUUGCAGAGAGGGAAGAGGAGGCGAAUGUUGAGCCACCUGAGGAAGCCAAGGUAUUUGUUGGGAAUUUGCCUUAUGAUGUUGAUAGUCAGAAAUUGGCUGAGCUCUUUGAGAGGGCUGGAGUUGUGGAGAUUGCAGAGGUCAUUUACAACAGGGAUACUGAGCAGAGUCGUGGAUUUGGAUUUGUGACUAUGAGUACUGUUGAAGAAGCUGAUAAGGCAGUGGAACUGUUCAGUCGUUAUGAUUUAAAUGGAAGGCUCUUGACUGUCAAUAGGGCUGCUCCAAGAGGAACGCGCCAAGAACGCGCACCCCGUUCAUUUGAACCUUCUUUUAGAAUCUAUGUUGGUAACCUUCCAUGGAACGUGGAUAAUGGUCAACUGGAGCAGGUCUUCAGUGAGCAUGGUAGUGUGGUGGAGGCACGAGUAGUCUUUGACAGAGAAACUGGACGAUCGCGUGGUUUUGGCUUUGUAACAAUGGCCAGUGAAAACGAAAUGAAUGAUGCCAUUGCUGCUCUAGAUGGACAGAGUCUGGAUGGAAGGGCGAUCAGAGUAAAUGUUGCGGAAGAAAGACAAAGGCGCAGCCCCUACUGA